AUUUACAACUGCGUUGACAAGCCGAGUCCAUGGAUCAGUGGAGGGAAUGAUACAAUGUUGCGAGUGCCAACAAUUCAUAUCAAUAUAUAUGACGCGAGAUGAAUGCAUGCUGCGCGCGCAUUUACAUCAGACGACGGAAGUGCACAGCAGAAACAUCGAGGAAAAGCGACACAGGGAGUGAAAACGAAGCAGAAUUAGUCAAUGACAGAGAGAGGGAGUAAGGGAAAGAAAGGAGAGAAAGCAAUACGGAGGCUGCUGGGUUGCUCGGUAGAGGUGGACGUGGCGGGUCGGAUUCAGUUUGAAGCCAAGCAACUGUGGCGACGGCGAGCCGAAGGCUAAAAAAGCCAUGAAUCGGACAAACCGCAGGGGCUUCAAAGAUAGGUGUUGCUCCUAACCCAAGGAAGAAGGCUUGGCAUCAGAACAAGCUGUACGAUCAGAGGGACUCUCAAGUGGGCCAAGGCUCUUUUCAGGGCAAAGUAGUACUAUUCUCUGAUUCAUUACGGGACUAACUGGAGACGGGUGCAUAAGGACUCUGCAGCCAUGGCAGAGUUAGAGACAGAGUGCAUCACGCUAGGACUUGACACGCUGCAUGCAUCAGAGUGUGGCUCACCGCCGCUGGAUCCACUUCGGCCUGAGUGCACCUCGCCAACCCUCCACCUGCUCUCGUCUGACUGCAGCACGCUUGGCACGCUGGCGGCAGAGAUUGCAGAGCCCAUGGUCAUGCUGCCUUGUGUGAAGACUGAGCCUGCAGAUGACCUGGACCCCAUCCACACCGUGGACCUGUCAGAGAUCCAGCCAUUGAGCACAGCGGAGCUGGGCCACGAACAGAUCAAGAUGGAGAUCAGUGGGUUAGACUACAUCAAGUCUGAGCACCACGUCCAUGACCUCCACUGCUUCCACAGCUCUGAGUACGAGAGCGACUCGUAUUGUAUGAAGUCUCACUACGAGCCCAGUCUGGUGUUUGACUACAUCACCCACGUGUCCGACAGCCUGGACUACAUCAGGUCGGAACAGCACGCCGACCUGCAGUGUUAUUACACCACCGAGCUCGGGGCCAUCAAGACUGAGUACGAGCCCAACCUGAUGUCCAACCACAUCAAGACAGAGAUGAGCCUAGAGUCUAUCCACAUGGCCGAGCUCCGGACCGAGCUAAAUAAGCUCAGCCAUGACGGGGUCAUGGAAGGCCAUAGACUGGACAACGAGUUCCCUGGCGCAGGAGGCCUCUACGAGCUGCAGUCCACCCAUGCUGGGAAAGGCCCAGGCCACACAAGCCCGAAAGGGCAUAGCACAACCCCACGCAAACCUCGUAACCUCAGUGGUGAGAAGCCUUUCUCUUGCACCCAGUGUGGGAAGAAUUUCAGCACUCUGGGGAACCUCAAAACACACCAGCGCAUUCAUACAGGAGAGAGGCCAUAUACCUGCUCGCAGUGCGGCAAGAGCUUCGGCCAGGCAGGGAACCUGAAGAGGCACCAGCUCAUUCACACUGGUCAGAAACCCUACGUCUGUGCCCACUGCCCCAAGGGCUUCACCAAAGCAGAUGACCUCCGCUCACACCAGCGUCUACACACCGGCGAGAAGCCCUUCUGUUGCCUUCAGUGUGGGAAGAGCUUCAGUCAGUCCAAGGAGCUCAAAGCCCACCAGCUAAGCCACACCGGAGAGAGGCCUUUCUGCUGCCAACACUGUGGGAAGAGCUUCACCAAGGAAAUGAGCUACCACAACCACCUGCAGAUUCAUACUGGCGAGAAACCGUACUGCUGCUCUCAGUGCGGUAAGACAUUCAGCAACUCGGGGGUCCUCAAAACACACGAGAAGAUACAUUCCGGGGUGAGGCCAUUCGGCUGCACACAGUGCGGUAAGAGCUUUGGCCGUUUGGGACAUCUUAAAGCACACCAGCAAAUCCACACUGGGGAGCGACCUUUCGCCUGCCUCCAGUGUGGGAAGAACUUCAGCCAGUCAGGCCAUCUCAAAGCACAUGAGCAAAUUCACAAAAGAGAGAGAUCAGACAUGAGCAGCUCCAGCAGCAGUGGUGGUAGCAGCAGCCGCAGUACUGAUAGUAGCUAAAUACCUUUAACCUCUUCAAAGUAUUAUUCCUUUUUUUUAUAUAAAUACUAUAUAUAUAUGUUUUUCCUUACACUUUUCUUACGUUUUUCAUACAUUUUGUGCUUAUUGCGUUAUGUACUUUGGGGGUCAACUUGACUGAUUUGCUAUUAUGCAAAUGUCUAUGUUGGGAUCAGUGAAGUUACUGAGGGACUUAUAGAAAACUUUGUAUCUUGUCUGAUCUGUGUUGUAGUGAGUGCCAUUCCAGUUUCUUUCCUCCAGAAAAAUCACUCAUUGUGUACAACCUUAUUGAUAACAUGUAAUUCCUAAACCAUGUACUGGAAUUCAUUAUUAAAGAAACUAAUG